GGCUUGAAGGGAAACAACAAGAAACGUCUGAUCUCUCAGCCUCACUGUGUAUCUUCACUUAAAAAAAAGGAAACAAACAAGAAGGCAAAAAACGCUUGAGUGCUGGCCGAAGAUGGUGAAGAUCACUUUCCAGCCGUCGGUGGCGGUGCAGAAAUCAGAAAAGGAAGAUACAGACGGGGAUAAAACGGAGAUACUGAUCCCGCAUGAACAGAAUGAGGAAGUCACCCUUCCGCUUCGCUCCAAGAGGCCUUCUCCCAGUGGACUCUGUUGCCUCAGCUUUGGUUUGGUUGCCUUCAUGUCAUUUUUGGUGUUGGCAUCCAUUUAUGUCUACAGAUACUACUUUAUUGCUCAGCUUCCUCAGGACAAUAUUUUCCAGUGCAGGGUUCUGUAUGAAGAUUCUGUUUACGCCCCUUUCAAGGGGCGCCAAGAACUAGAAGAAAAUGUGCAGAUCUUCCUGGAAGACAAUUAUGAGCGCAUCAGUGUCCCUGUUCCCCAUUUCGGAGGUGGGGAUCCAGCUGAUAUUAUCCAUGAUUUUCAAAGGGGCCUAACUGCUUACCAUGACAUUACAUUGAAUAAAUGCUACGUCGUAGAACUUGAUACCACUAUUGUAAUGCCUCCGAGGAACCUUUGGGAGCUGUUGAUAAAUGUUAAGAAGGGAACCUACCUGCCACAAACGUACAUUGUUCAGGAAGACAUGAUGGUGGCUGGUCGGGUCGGAAACAUGCAGCAGCUGGGAACAUUCAUCUCGCGUCUUUGCAGUGGAAAAGAAACCUACAGGCUGAAGCGUCGACCCAGCAAGAGACGUAUUAACAAGAGAGGAGCAUACAAAUGUCACAGUAUCCGCCACUUUGAAAACACCUUUGUGGUUGAAACUCAGAUCUGCGAAUAGGCCAAAAUCUAGGUUUGAAGCAGAAUGAUGAUUUUUCUUAUUAUUUUGGUGACUUCUUCUUAUGUGUUAGCUCAGAGGCACACACCUCCUGGUGCUGUACAUUAAUUUUAUUUUUCUCAUUACAAAGUGUUCCACUGGUUUCAUUUUUGCUGUUCUUGUGGCCCCUUGCGUAUCUGCAUAUGUUUUUUUUGCUGAAUGCAAAAAAAACACAAAAUGGUAAACAUCUCUGAAACCUACCGGUAAUAUUUUUUUUGGGGGUUGGGGGUUUUAGUAAUUGCUAGUUAAUAGUUGUGGUAAUGUCAGUAUAUUGCAAACAUUGCAUUUAAGAAUUGAGGAAAGGUCGAAAAGCCACAAUGAAUAAUGUUUGUAGAGAGAAAACAAACUUGCCUCUGUGCUGCUUGUUUGUUUUAUACUUACUGUUUUUGCUCAGAAUGCACACACCAUUGUUCCUUUUUUACUUUGCUGCGUAUCAAGUUGUAGGUGACAGUAUGGCACAAGGACAGAACUGAAAGUGGUUCCAGCAGUGACUUUUCUAAGUAAUUUGAGAAAGGGGUUGAAAGCAACAUAAAAGAGGAUGGAACUAUCAAAAAAGUUUAACAAUUCUAAACCAAAAGAAGUGUAACCCCUAGAGCCGCUAUAUUGAGUUGGAGUGUUCAUCCCAUAGUAAAUGCUUUUAGAGAAAGCAACUGUAUGAGCCCCUAAUAGUGGCAGGUUUUUUUUAUUUUUUUUAUUUUAAUUUAUAUAACUUGUUUGUAAGACAUCAGCAUGCUGAUUGGUCAUUUUUCUACUAUGAAACAAAAAUUGAAAAACUCCCAAGAUGAACAUUUGAAAUUUGAAAGGAGAGUGGGUGUGUGGCGGGGAGAGGGGUAUGUACCAGACCAUAAUACAGGAGCAAGUUUUUUCUUUUCUGAAAAGGUAAAUGUGCAAGUGUGUAUCCCCUUGUUCCUGUGAUGUCUGUCUGUCAGCUAGCUUGCUAUUGAAUAUUUUUGAAAGCUGAACCCUUGUGUUCCCUCUUUAGCUAGCCCAGGCAAAAGCAAUUUAAAAUCACAACUGCAUGCCUCCAUUACUGACAAUCCUGCCCUGGAAUUUAUAUUUUGUAAGUCAGUGGUUGGUCUGGGUUUGGUGUUCAAAUAAAUUUAAGUGUCAUUUUAAGGAAAUAAAAUGUUAUUAAAUAUUAAGGUGAUCUGUAUAUUUUGUCUGCUAAUAAAAUAUCUAUUAAUAAACAGGUAAAAACUUU